UUUUUUUAUAAAAAAAUUUAUAUAUAUAUAUAAUUAGAAUCCUUCUAAAAUGUCUUUUGAAUUUUAUCCUGGAUUAUCACAGAAUUUUUCUCAAUUACUUGAGGAUACAGAUGAACAUAAUGUUAUUAUUAAAGUUGGAGAAGGUUCAAAUACAAAAGAAUUUCGUGCUCAUUCUAUUAUAUUGAAAGCUCGUUCUAUUUAUUUUAAAAAAGCUCUUUCACAGGAUUGGGUUACUAAAGAAAAUAACAUGAUUAAUUUUACUAAACAGAAUAUUUCUCCUAUUGUGUUUGAGAUGAUUAUUAGAUAUAUAUAUACUGGUAUUCUUGAUUUAAAAGACAAAGAUGUUUCAGAUAUUUUAGAUCUUCUUGUGGCAUCUGAUGAAUUNCCUAACUGCUAAAGUUUUGUUUAUUCAUGCAGCACUGUGCAUAAUACGAUAUUAUUGUUUCUUAAAAAAAAAAAAAAAAAA